CUGCUUUGUGUGGAACGCCCGCCCGCCAGCCAUCCUUGUGUGGGGCUCCCACCAGCCAGCAAGUCAACCAGCAAGGAGGCCGUGACCUGCGGAAACCGCCACAGCACAAGCCCCCAAGGAAGCAGUGAGCCCAGCAGGUGCCAGGUCGGCAUCCAGCGACGGGACUCCCUCUGUGCAUCCUUGGUGCAGCCCAGGGGUUCCUGCAGGACCAGCCACAGCAAGGAGCAGUGUUGCAAUGGAUGGUGUGAGGCCAGGCAGCAGCAGCAGCAGCAGGAGGAGGAGGAUAAACAGCCAGGAGCAGAGGGCAACCCCAGGCGUGAGGACCUACACUUGUGACCACUGCGGGAAAGUGUGCUCCACCAAGGCUGCCAUUGCCAGACACGUCCUCUCCCAUGCCGGCAAGACAAGGCUGAGAGGCAAGAGUGGCCCCACUGAACACACUGGCGGCAGGACCUACACUUCUGACCACUGCGGGGAGACAUUUCCAAACAAGAAUGGUGUUGCCUCACACAUCCUGACCCACACUGGGGAGAGAAAGUUCCAGUGCCUGGAGUGUGGGAAAAGAUUUACCCAGAAAGGUGAUCUUAACAAACACAUCCUGACCCACACUGGGGAGAGAAAGUUCCAGUGCCUGGAGUGUGAGAAAAGAUUUACCCAAAAAAGUAAUCUUAACCAACACAUCCUGACCCACACUGGGGAGAGAAAGUUCCAGUGCCUGGAGUGUGGGAAAAGAUUUACUCAGAAAGGUGAUCUUGACAGACACAUCCUGACCCACACUGGGGAGAGAAAGUUCCAGUGCCUGGAGUGUGGGAAAAGAUUUACCCAGAAAGGUGAUCUUGACAGACACAUCCUGACCCACACUGGGGAGAGAAAGUUCCAGUGCCUGGAGUGUGGGAAAAGAUUUACCCAGAAAGGUGAUCUUAACAGACACAUCCUGACCCACACUGGGGAGAGAAAGUUCCAGUGCCUGGAGUGUGGGAAAAGAUUUACCCGGAAAGGUACCCUUGACACACACAUCCUGACCCACACUGGGGAGAGAAAGUUCCAGUGCCUGAAGUGUGGGAAAAAAUUUAACCGGAAAGGUACCCUUGACACACACAUCCUGAUCCACAUUGGGGAGAGAAAGUUCCAGUGCCUGGAGUGUGAGAAAAGAUUUACCCGGAAAGAUUGUCUUGACAGACACAUCCUGACCCACACUGGGGAGAGAAAGUUCCAGUGCCUGGAGUGUGGGAAAAGAUUUAUCUGGAAAGGUACCCUUGACACACACAUCCUGACCCACACUGGGGAGAGAAAGUUCCAGUGCCUGGAGUGUGAGAAAAGAUUUACCCAGAAAGGUACCCUUGACAUACACAUCCUGACCCACACUGGGGAGAGAAAGUUCCAGUGCCUGGAGUGUGGGAAAAGAUUUACCCGGAAAGGUGCCCUUGACAGACACAUCCUGACCCACACUGGGGAGAGAAAGUUCCAGUGCCUGGAGUGUGGGAAAAGAUUUACCCAGAAAGGUGAUCUUAACAGACACAUCCUGACCCACACUGGGGAGAGAAAGUUCCAGUGCCUGGAGUGUGGGAAAAGAUUUACUGGGAAAGGUGAUCUUAACAGGCACAUCCUGACCCACACUGGGGAGAGAAAGUUCCAGUGCCUGGAGUGUGGGAAAAGAUUUACCCACAAAAGUAAUCUUAACACACACAUCCUGACCCACACUGGGGAGAGAAAGUUCCAGUGCCUGGAGUGUGGAAAAAGAUUUACCCUGAAAGGUUGUCUUGACAGACACAUCCUAACCCACACUGGGGAGAGAAAGUUCCAGUGCCUGGAUUGUGGGAAAAGAUUUACCCUGAAAAGUUGUCUUGACAAACACAUCCCGACCCACACUGGGGAGAGAAAGUUCCAGUGCCUGGAGUGUGGGAAAAGAUUUACCCACAAAAGUAAUCUUAACCAACACAUCCUGACCCACACUGGGGAGAGAAAGUUCCAGUGCCUGGAGUGUGGGAAAAGAUUUACCCACAAAAGUAAUCUUAAACAACACAUCCUGACCCACACUGGGGAGAGAAAGUUCCAGUGCCUGGAGUGUGGAAAAAGAUUUACCCUGAAAGGUGGUCUUGACAGGCACAUCCUGACCCACACUGGGGAGAGAAAGUUCCAGUGCCUGGAGUGUGGGAAAAGAUUUACCCAGAAAGGUGACCUUGACAGGCACAUCCUGACCCACACUGGGGAGAGAAAGUUCCAGUGCCUGGAGUGUGGGAAAAGAUUUACCCUGAAAGGUACCCUUGACACACACAUCCUGACCCACACUGGGGAGAGAAAUUCCAGUGGAGUGUGGGAAAAGAUUUACUCAGAAAGGUGACUUUGACAGACACAUCCUGACCCACACUGGGGAGAGAAAGUUCCAGUGCCUGGAGUGUGGGAAAAGAUUUACCCACAAAAGUAAUCUUAACCAACACAUCCUGACCCACACUGGGGAGAGAAAGUUCCAGUGCCUGGAGUGUGGGAAAAGAUUUACCCAGAAAGGUGACCUUGACAGGCACAUCCUGACCCACACUGGGGAGAGAAAGUUCCAGUGCCUGGAGUGUGGGAAAAGAUUUAC